AUGGGAGUUCAAAAGAAGACGCGCAAGUUCGGCGCUGUGAAGAGGGUUAUUGGGCAGCACGAUGCUAGGUUGAAAAAGAACAUUCUCAAGGAGGAGACCAAGCAAAAGGCGGAAAAGAAGGACGACAUUGUGCGAGAAGUGCCUACCGCACCAUCCAACAUGUUCUUCCAGCACAACACCGCUCUCACCGCACCCUACUCCGUCUUGGUCGAUACCAACUUCCUUUCGCAUACUGUACAUCACAAGCUCCCGCUGCUACCGACCCUGAUGGACACCCUCUAUGCCACAUGCACGCCAAUCAUCACAUCAUGCGUCAUGGCCGAACUCGAGAAACUCGGACCGAAGUACCGCAUCGCUUUGCAGAUCGCCYGCGACGAACGUUGGGAGCGACUACAAUGCGACCACAAGGGCACCUACGCCGACGACUGUAUCGUUGAUCGAGUUAUGAAGCAAAGAAUCUAUCUCGUCGCCACGAAUGAUAGAGAACUCAAGCGAAGAGUUCGCAAAAUUCCAGGUGUACCGAUCCUGAGUGUCGCUAGGGGAAAGUACGUGAUAGAAAGGUUACCCGAUGCGCCUGAAAAGUGA